AUGGAUGUCCUUACAGAGUAUGCCUAUAACGAGAGCUUCUUUGAACAUGGAAUCCAGAGCUUCAAUGAGACGGAACGAGGGGAGAGAUACCAGUACAAUUACUAUGCCAUGCUUUUGACCCUUCUCAUCUUCGUCAUCGUCUUCGGCAACGUGCUGGUAUGCAUGGCUGUUUCAAGAGAGAAAGCACUGCAGACCACAACCAACUACCUGAUUGUGAGCUUGGCCGUUGCUGACCUGCUGGUGGCUACCUUGGUGAUGCCAUGGGUGGUCUAUCUUGAGGUGGUUGGAGAGUGGCGCUUUAGCACGAUCCACUGCGACAUCUUCGUAACUCUUGAUGUUAUGAUGUGCACUGCAAGUAUUCUCAAUCUCUGUGCCAUUAGCAUUGACAGGUACACUGCUGUUGCCAUGCCGAUGUUAUAUAACACACGGUACAGCUCUAAGAGGCGAGUCACGGUCAUGAUUUCUGUGGUUUGGAUUCUGUCCUUUGCAAUAUCAUGUCCUCUGUUGUUUGGAUUGAACAACACAGCGACCCGCGAUGACGCUCUCUGCAUCAUCGCCAACCCUGCUUUCGUGGUGUACUCCUCUAUCGUGUCCUUCUACGUUCCUUUCAUCAUCACACUGUUGGUGUAUGUGCAGAUCUACGUAGUGCUUCGGAAGAGACGGAAACGCGUUAACACUAAGCGUACCUGUCCAGGCACAGACGCAGACGUGGGUGCCAGUCUAAAGAAAUGCACUCACCCCGACGAUGUGAGGCUGUGCACUGUGAUUGUUAAAUCUAACGGGAAUUUUGCUGUUAACAACAAAAAUGUGGAGGUUGUAAACCAUGGGGAAGACAUAGAGCUGGAUGAUAUUACCAGUACAGACACUCCAAAGGAAAGGAAGCCUGAGCACACGGUUGGCCACCAGCAGCACAGUCAGCCAGUUAACACCAAAACCACAGAAAUGUCGGUGGCAUCUUCGCUGCCAGAAGCCUCAUUCAACACAAGAAAAAAUGGAAGCACAAAAAAUGUCCCCAAAGUGGCCAAAGCUUUUGAAAUUCAGGCUUCACCCAAUGGCAAGACACAGACAUCUGUCAGAACCUGCAACAAGCGCAAAAUUUCCCACCAGAAAGAAAAGAAAGCAACUCAGAUGUUGGCUAUUGUCCUUGGAGUGUUCAUCGUAUGCUGGCUCCCAUUUUUCAUCACACACAUAGUGAACACUUACUGUCAUGUCCCAGCGGAGUUGUACACUGCAUUCACGUGGUUGGGCUACGUAAACAGUGCCGUCAAUCCUAUCAUAUACACCACUUUCAACAUUGAAUUCCGCAAGGCUUUCAUUAAGAUACUGCACUGUUAA